AUUAUUCCUAGGUUGCCAUUGAUAACCACCACCACUCUGCAUGUCUUACGGCACAAAUCAACCUUCAUUCAACAAUUGUCUUCAACUACAUCUCCCAACUGAAAUCAAAUCCAUGCCCCUGAACACUAACCCAUCGCAACCGAAUACAAACCACUUACCAACCUACCAACCAACCAGCCCACCAUCACUCUCAAAUACCACCAUUCCAACCAGAGAAACAACCACCACACCAACCGAGAACAAUAACAACAACAGAGACACCCCAACCACCACCACCAAGAACAGGAAUAUAGUCAACCCCACGAACAGAACAGCAAUGCCCCCCCAAACCGAACUCGAAAUGACAACCCCCCCACUCCACUCCGUGCUCAUCAUCGGCGCCGGCCCCUGCGGCCUGGCCGUCGCCGCCCGCCUCCGCGAAGAGACCCCCUCCGCCAUGUUCACCGACGACGAGCACCAGCGCUACCACUGGAUCAACAAGCACCGCGGCCGGAUGGCGUUGGUGCAGGCGCACGCGCGGCGGCGGCGGAGGGGGGUGCGGGCGGAGAAAUACGUAAAUACUGCUAGUGCCAAUUUAUCCACAUCUGCCUUGCUCCCCGGGGGGAAAGGUAGGGCUGGCUCUGCCUCUGACUCUGCUUCCGAAGAUGGAGGCGGGAGCUCGGGACCGGUGCCGGGAUUGGCUUCUUCUGGGUCAUCUAUCAGCUCCUCCUCCUCCUUAUCGGUAUCAGAGAGUACCGAUGAAGAAGUUGGGGAGGAGGACACCGACGACGGGCCCGGGGGGACGCUCGUACUCGACGGCUCCGGCCCCCGGUGGAUGGAGAAGUGGAACCGCGCGUUCCGGACGCUGGAGAUCGAGCAGCUGCGCAGUCCCAUGUUCUUCCACGUAGACCCGCGGGACCGCGAUGGGAUGCUGGCGUACACACAGGAAAAGGCCCGGCUUGCGGACUUGUGGGAGAUUUCCGGGUGCGUGGGGAAGGAGUUGAGCAAGCAUCGGAGGAAGAAGUUGAGGGCGGGGAGGGGCAAACCCCCCCAAGAACCCGAAAUCGACGAACGAGACCGCAAGGACUACUUCUCCCCUUCCACCGGCCUCUUCGCCGACUACUGCGCCAGCAUCGUCGCGCGGUACCGCCUCGACCGGCCCGGGCUGAUCCGCCAGAGCGAAGUCACCGACAUCCAGUACGGAUUUCACCGACACACCAACUCAAAGAUCUUCACGGUGACCGCCGCCGACGGCACGCAGCACCACAGCCGCGCCGUCGUGCUCGCCAUCGGGCCGGGCACCCACAAAAUCCUCCCGUUCCCGCUGACGCCCCCCGAGCAGGCCGGCGCCUGCCACAGCUCGGAGAUCCGCUCGUUCCCCAGCGCCAACAUCCAGACCAAGAUCCGCGCACGGCAGGCCACGCAUGUGGUCGUUGUGGGGGGCGGGUUGACCGCCGCCCAGGUGGCGGAUAUGGCGAUUCGGAGGGGGGUGAGGAAGGUGUGGUUGUUGAUGCGUUCGGAUAUGAAGGUGAAACACUUCGACCUCACCCUCAACUGGAUGGGCAAGUUCAAGAACCUCGAGAAAGCCCGGUUCUGGUCCGCGGACACCGACGACGAGCGGCUGGCGAUGAUCGCCGCCGCCCGCGGCGGCGGCAGCGUCACCCCGCGCUACCAGAAGAUCCUGAAGCAGCACGCCGCACGCAGCAAACUGGCCAUCCACCCGCGGACGGUAAUCGUCGAUCGCCUCUACGACCCUGCCACCUCCACCUGGACGCUCACCACCGACCCGCCCAUCCCCGAGCUGGCCGACACCCCCGUCGACUACAUCUACUUCGCGACGGGGAUGCGGGCGGAUAUUACCGAGAUGCCACUUCUAAAUAGUAUGCGGAGGGACUAUCCGGUCGAGACGAGGCAGGGCUUGCCGUGUUUGACGGAGGACCUGAUGUGGUGCGAUGGGGUGCCGCUGUUUUUGGCGGGGCGGUUGGCGGCAUUGAGGCUGGGGCCCGGGGCGGCGAAUUUGGAGGGGGCUAGGCUUGGGGCGGAGCGGAUUGCGUGGGCGAUGGAGGAUGUUUUGGGGAGACGUAGUGAUGGUGGUGGUGGUGGUGGUGGUGAUGGUGGUAGAGAAGAGGAAGAAGGUGAGGUGGUGGGGAAGGAGAAGGAGUGGUUUUGUGGGUUGGGGAAUCGGUUUGCUGGGUUGGGGGUUGUUGAUGCUUAGGUUGUGUGCUCGGAGGGUAUAGUAAAGCCUGGGCUGUAUGCUAUGAGGCUAGAGGCAUGCUGUGCUGGACACUCAGGAUCUGACAAUGAUGAAUACUAUACAAUCGACGAGGCUAGUACCAGCUGUAGUGCUCAUGCAGUGUAAGCUGGAGAACGAUGCUGCCUAGGGUUAACGUUGAAGCACAGCCUUGGGCUUCAUGCAUGUGCCGUGCGAUGCAGCCCCCUAGUGCCCUUUGCAGAGCUAAACUGAGUCCAUGGGCCUCACGUUCUUACACGUACUCGGUAUCCGAUCCCAGAUCACCGCACUACGUCAAACAGAAUUGAUAGACGAGAC